ACUAAACAACGGGUCGCGUUCAGGUUUAAACUCAGUUUUAAGUGACAAUUUGCUACAGUUUUAAUCCAGCUUGGACCGGUUUCUGUGGAAUAUGGACCAACUAGAUGGCUAACAACGUAAAACAUCAAUUGCAGGUUCUUCAAAAACAGAAACUCUGGUGUCCAAAGUAAAUCAUGAGUCCCAAGCGCCUCAGCCUUCGAGUUCAGCUUCAUCUUAAAUUGAGCCUUUCCUGUGAAUCACCCGCAGCAGUCCCCAGCACAGAGGCGAAUCAGGGCUUUGACCCUCCUCAUCAAAGUGACACCAGGACUGUUUAUGUAGCAAACCGUUUCCCUGAGCAUGGCCAUUACAUACCGCAGCGCUUCGCAGACAACAGAAUCAUCUCAUCCAAGUACACAAUCUGGAAUUUUGUCCCCAAGAAUUUGUUCGAGCAGUUUCGCAGGAUAGCGAACUUCUAUUUCCUCAUCAUCUUCCUUGUGCAGUUAAUGAUAGACACUCCAACUUCCCCAGUUACCAGCGGGCUGCCUCUCUUCUUCGUGAUCACAGUUACAGCUAUUAAACAGGGCUACGAGGACUGGCUGAGGCACAAAGCGGACAACGAGGUGAACGGAGCUCCAGUGUUUGUGGUUCGCAGUGGGAGUCUGGUCCAGACAAGAUCCAAAAAUAUCAGGGUUGGGGACAUUGUCCGUGUUGCUAAGGAUGAGACGUUCCCAGCUGACCUGGUGCUGCUGUCGUCGGAUCGUGCGGACGGCACCUGUCACAUCACCACAGCCAGCCUUGAUGGAGAAACCAACCUUAAGACCCAUUUUUCUGUGCCAGAGACGUCGGUGUGUCAGUCGGUGUCCCAGCUGGAGGCCUUGCACGCCGUGGUGGAGUGUCAGCAGCCGGAGGCCGACCUCUACAGGUUUGUUGGACGUGUAACCAUCACGCAGCAUGGCGAAGAGAUCGUCCGACCACUGGGUCCAGAGAACCUGCUGCUGCGAGGAGCCAGGUUGAAAAAUACCAAAGAAAUAUUUGGUGUGGCCGUUUAUACGGGGAUGGAAUCCAAGAUGGCGCUCAACUACAAGUGCAAGUCCCAGAAACGCUCAGCUGUUGAGAAGUCGAUGAACUCCUUCCUGAUCAUCUACCUGGUCAUCCUGCUGUCGGAGGCGAUCCUCAGCACCAUCCUGAAGUACGCCUGGCAGUCCGAAGACAAGUGGAACGAGCCUUUCUACAACCAGAAGACCGAGCAGGAGAGAAACAGCAGCCCGAUCCUUCAGUUCAUCUCAGACUUCCUGGCGUUCCUGGUUCUCUACAACUUCAUCAUUCCCAUCUCGCUCUAUGUUACUGUGGAGAUGCAGAAGUUUCUGGGCUCCUUUUUCAUUGGCUGGGAUAUGGACCUGUACCACGAGGAGAGUAACCAGAAAGCUCAGGUCAACACGUCUGACCUCAAUGAGGAGUUGGGACAGGUUGAAUAUUUGUUUACAGACAAGACGGGUACGCUAACAGAAAAUGAAAUGCAGUUCCGCGAGUGUUCGAUAAACGGCAUCAAGUACCGGGAGAUGAACGGCAAACUGGUACCAGAGGGGAUGACGGGGGAUUCACCAAGCGGUUCUUCACCUCAGCUGAUGACUGAGGAGUUAUUAUUCCUCAAGGCCGUGUCACUGUGUCACACCGUCCAGAUCAGCUACAACCAGUCAGAGUCCUGGCUGGGAGGGGAUCCGUUCUCCCACACCAACAGUUUCUCCUUCAGCCACAUGGAGUACUACGCCUCCUCACCGGAUGAGAAGGCGUUGGUUGAGGGAACGAAGAGAAUUGGCGUGGCGUUCACAGGCUGCACCGGGGACACCAUGGAAAUAAAUACAUUUGGGAAAUCUGAAAAGUAUAAACUGCUCCAUGUGUUGGAGUUUGAUCCAAACCGCAGGAGGAUGAGCGUCAUACUGCAGACUCCCUCAGGAGGGAAAGUGAUUUUCACAAAGGGUGCCGAGUCGGCCGUCUUGCCUUUCGCCACGACUGGAGAGAUUGAAAAAACCAGGCUGCAUGUGGACGAGUUUGCUUUGAAAGGUUUGCGUACCCUCGUUGUCGCAUGCCGUCACUUCAGUCCGGAGGAGUACAUCGCUGUGAACAAGCGGCUGACGUUUGCUCGCACAGCUCUGCAGCGGCGUGAGGAGAAACUGCAGCAAGCUUUCGCCUACAUCGAAAACAAUCUGCACGUCCUGGGAGCGACCGGCGUCGAAGACAAGCUUCAAGACAAAGUUCCGGAGACGAUCGAAGUCCUGCGUCUGGCGGGAAUCAAAGUAUGGGUGCUGACGGGGGACAAACACGAGACGGCGGUCAGCGUCAGCUUGUCGUGCGGCCAUUUCCACCGAACCAUGAACAUCCUGGAGCUUCUGCAGCAGCGCUCCGACAACGAGUGUGCAGAGCAGCUCCGCAGGCUGGCCCGCAGGAUAAAGGAAGACCACGUCAUCCAGCACGGCUUGGUGGUCGACGGCGCUAGUCUGUCGUUAGCAUUGAGGGAACAUGAGAAGCUAUUUAUGGAAGUGUGUAAAAGCUGCUCAGCUGUGCUCUGCUGCCGCAUGGCCCCGCUGCAAAAAGCCAAGGUUGUUCGCCUGCUAAAGACUUCUCCAGAAAAGCCAAUAACAUUAGCUGUUGGGGACGGAGCCAAUGACGUCAGUAUGAUACAGGAAGCUCAUGUAGGCAUAGGCAUCAUGGGAAAGGAGGGUCGUCAGGCCGUGAGAAACAGUGACUAUGCAAUCGCCAGGUUUAAGUUCCUGGCUAAACUCCUGCUGGUCCACGGCCACUUCUACUACAUUCGAAUUGCUACUCUUGUACAGUACUUUUUCUACAAGAAUGUGUGUUUUAUUACACCACAGUUUUUAUACCAGUUCUUCUGCUUGUUUUCACAACAAACUCUGUAUGACAGUGUUUACCUGACGCUGUACAACAUCUGCUUCACCUCGCUGCCCAUCCUGGUGUACAGUCUGUUUGAGCAGCUGGUCCACCCCGACAUCCUGCAGGCUAAACCUGGCCUCUACAGAGACAUCAGCAAGAACUCUCUGCUGUCGUUCCGGACGUUCCUGUACUGGACGGCGUUGGGCUUCACUCACGCCUUUACGUUUUUCUUUGGCUCCUACCUCCUGAUGGGGGAGGACACCUCUCUCAUGAGCAACGGACAGAUGUUGCGAGCUAACAGGCAGCUGAUGUUUGGGAACUGGACGUUUGGAACGCUCGUCUUUACUGUCAUGGUCAUCACCGUCACGCUAAAGCUCGCGUUGGAGACUCAGUUCUGGACCUGGAUGAACCAUUUUGUGACAUGGGGCUCAAUCGCUUUCUAUUUCAUCUUCUCUUUGUUUUACGGAGGCAUCAUCUGGCCGUUCUUGCACACCCAGGACAUGUACUUUGUCUUCGUCCAGCUGCUGUCCUGCGGCUCGGCCUGGUUCGCCAUCGUCAUCAUCGUCCUCACCUGCCUGUUUCCUGAAGUGAUGAAGAAGGUCCUCUACAGACACCUGUGUCCCACCAGUACACAGAAGAGCCAGUCUCUAUCCGCCCCGCAGGCCCUCAGCUGUGUGGAGUCCCUGUGCUGCUACCAACAUGGGCAAAGCGGCUGUUCCCGCCUGGCCCGCCUCCUGGAACAAAUGACGGGACAAUGCAAGGCCGGCGUCAACAAUUGCCACACAUCCAGCCGCAGCAACAGGUCUUGGAACGACACAGAGAACUUCUACUCCAAUGACCGCACCAUCCUGACUCUGUCGCCCAUCGAGGCCAGCCGCUGUUGACUCCCACGGCCGCCACCCCUAACACACACACCGUGAGAAAUGCUCGGAGCUCAGCUGAAGAUCCUGCUGCUUCCAGGAAUCUGUCUGAUCCACUGCUGCACCUUUAAACUCCCGGUCAGACGGGAACGAGUUCUGUAGCAUCUAGAGGUUCUGCCGGGACCUGCAACAUAAUCUACUGUGGUACCAAAGACCGACCGGAUCAAGACUGCAGUGUAGCUCUUUAUUUUUGUGCCUGAUUGAAGCUGAUAUAGUUGUAGUUAUUUUGUUGUGCCCUCUUGUCUCCCCGGAUGAGGCCGGAUGUUUAAAAGCCAUAUAAUUAAUCCAAGUGAUGGAGCUGCAGAUUAAACUGUUAGAGCCUCUUGUUUCCUUGUUCUUGUUCCCUGCACUGCAAAAACACAAAAUCUCACCAAGUAUUUUUGAUCUGGUUUCUAAUACAAAUAUCUCAGUACACAUAAGAUAAGACACACCUAACUGACCAGUAGCUCUUCAGGAAGACAGGAGCGUUUUAACUCAGUAAUGGCUUAAUAUUGAUGAAAAAGUACCAUUUAUAAGGGAACUAAAACGUCUUAUUUCAAUUGUUUCACUUAUAACUAGCAGUGUUCAUGAAUAUUAAAGAGUUAUUGACUUAAAACAAGCUCAUAUAUUGUGCUGAAAAGUUGCUUGUACAUUAGUAACAGUUGCACUGGAAACUAGACCAAAAUACUUUGUAGGAUUUUGUGUUUUUGAAGUGAAAAAUGCCUUUUCUCCAUCAGCCUGGCGACCAAAAGCCUCUUAGCGUUACAGAACCACAAACCGCAGGGAUUAUUUUAAGGAUACAAGGCAGGAAAAUGCAGAACCAGGUUCCUGAACGUUUCCCAGAGUAAUAAUUUAUCGUUCUGCGUAAUGGUGAGAAGCUUAUGGAAGUCGGUGUUGAUGUUCUUUAACACUGCAAAAACACAAAAUCUUACCAAGUUUGGUUUAGUUUCUAGUGCAAAUAUUAUUACACUUGAUUUAAGACAAAACUGGUUUACAAUUAACUUUUCAGCAAAAAGUUGGAGCUUGUUUAAGUCAAUAAUAACUUAAUAUUAAUAAAAAUAUGAAUCAGUUUGACGGCACUGCGCCGUUACCUAGCAACCCCAGCCAAGCCCAGCCCGUCUCCUAGCAACCGAGUUCUAGUUCCACUGGCAAAUGAUUUCACUUAUUAUAACAAAAAAAAUUUUCCAUGUUAUAAGUGAAACCUUUUCAUCAAUGUUUAGGAAUAGACUCAAAACAAACUUCUAGAUCUUGCUGAGAAGUUGCCUGUAAGUUAGUUUUGUCUCAUAUUAAGCGUACUAAGAUGUUUGCACUAGAAAUGAAACCAGAUUAGUUGGUAAUAUUUAGUGUUUUUGCAGUGAAAGUAGACAGAAGAAUGUUUUCAUGUUCAGGAAAAUUCCUUCAGAAAGAAAAGCUGAGCGUUUGCACAAACCACAUAUCAAAAAUAUCACAUUUCCCUGCUUCUCAUUGCUUUAAAAGAAAUUCAUUAACACCUUCUUAGAAAUCAUCCACGUCACGUUUUUGCUGUUUUCUUUUCGCCACAUACGUUUCCUCCGUGUGUGUGAAUGUGAGUGUUGAGGCUUCCUGAAGGCUACUAAUUCCCACCAAGACGACUAACUGGUUUAAACUGGACACCAGAAGCCUCAGCACACCCAGGAAGAACAGGAAUCAGUUUCCAUUUGCUAAUUAUUUGAAUAUUGUUGUUUAUUUUCUGUAAGAAACACAAAUAGGUGCGACUGAUGAUGGGAAGGUGUAUUUAUUAUAGCUGUAAAAAGUUUUUUUUGUUGUUUUUCUUGCAUAUAUCACCUUAUUGGUUCAUGGAGCUUAAAGGUAAAUGUCCGGUUUGAAUAAUUAAAUGAUAAUUUACUAAAAUGCUCUUUCAACCAGCUGACCUCAUAGUUGCUGAUCUACGAGGAUGGACCUUCAUUCAUUGAUGCUGUUUAAAUAAAAUUAUCAAGUUUCUUGGAGCGUUUUGUGGAAAGCAGUUGAAUCAAGUCUCCUGAAAAUAUUUUUGUGACAUUAAAAAGCAGUUAAAGUGAA